AUGAACGGAAAACUUCUGGCCGCCGUCCUCACCGUCCUGUGCUCUGCCUUUGCAGACAGAGCUGCUGCAUUCCUGCAGGGAUCAGGGCUGGAAGCCUUGGUGGACUGGGAGGUCUUGGUGGCAUUGGAGGCUAUCGUGUCCUCGGAGGUUACAGCGGUCUCGGAGGCCUGGGAAGCCUUGGUGGCCUGGGAGGUCUUGGUGGCUUUGGAGGCUAUCGUGUCCUCGGAGGUUACAGCGGUCUCGGAGGUCUAUCAGGUUACGGAGGUCUUUCUGGUCUCAGCGGCCCUGUCCGGUCUAGGAGGCCUGUCCGGUCUCUAUGGAGGAAGCUACGGGGGUCUUUCUGGACUUUAUGGAAGCUCCCUCGCUCUGUCAGGACUCAGUGGAGGCCUCGGAGGACUCGGGGGCCUGUACGGACUUGGUGGCUAUGGCGGCUAUUCCGGUCUUAGUGGACUCUCAGGGUUGUACGGAGGCUACUCAGGCCUUGGAGGCCUCUCCGGUCUCACUGGGGGUUAUGGAGGUUACUCCGGACUUCUCAAUGGCGGUUACUUGGGUGGGUCCACAAGAGUUUUCGGAGCCUCCAGCCCAUCUCUAUAUUCAUAUGGUACCCAAUUCGGUUCAGUAGGCUACCCAGGUUCAUUGGGAGGAUUCGGAGUACGUGUUCUGGGAAGCUACCCUGGAGUCUCUGGACUGUACGGUAGUUCUCUCGGUCUAUCAGGACUUGGAGGCCUUUCCGGACUCCUGGGAGGCUACCCUGGCUUUUCAGGUCUUUCGACUUCCUACAGCGGAUACCCAGGCGUUUGGGGUGGACUCAGUGGUCUUGGAGGAUCUCUGGGACUUCUCGGUCGUGGAUGGGGACUCUCCGGCCUGUCUGGUGGUUACCCAGGUCUCCUGAGUGGUGGUUACUUGAGCGGCUCCUCAGGGCUUCUCGGACUCUCUAGCCCAUCUGUCUACUCAUAUGGCGGCUCCCUCGGCUCGCUAGGCUAUCCAGGUUUCCUGGGAGGUCUCUCCGGAGGAUUUAGAGGACUGCGAGUCCUAGGAGGCUAUCCCGGAGUCUCGAGUGUGUACGGCAACUCUCUUGGUCUGUCAGGACUUUACAGUGGCUACUCAGGACUUGGAGGCCUAUCAGGACUUUUGGGAGGCUACUCUGGCUUGUCAGGUCUGUCUUCCUACAGUGGAUACCCAGGAGUUUUGGGUGGACUACUCGGUGGUUAUCCCGGAUACUCCGGAUUGCUUGGAGGCUCCACGGGUCUGAGCGGUCUCUCAGGACUGUACGGAGGAUACACAGGACUCUCAGGCCUGUCCGGACUUCUUGGUGGUUAUUCUGGCCUUUCCAGCGUGUACGGAAGUUACCCACGUUCCUUCGGCCUCUCUGGCUUGUAUGGUAGCGGGCUUGGCAGCUCAUAUGGAUAUGGCCCAUUCGGAGGCUUCGGAACAUACGGCAGCUCUUAUGGAUACCCUGGCUUCUACGGUAGCAGAUGGGGAGGACUCGGUGGCUCCGGAUUUGGCGGCCUUGGUGGAUUCGGCGGCCUUGGCGGAUUUGGCGGAUUCGGCAGCCUUGGCGGAUUCGGUUCAUAUGGUUCCCUCUCUGGAGGUCUCAGUGGCCUUGGCUCAGGCUCGGGCGUUGUCUCUGGUUCUGGAUUAGGAGGAUCUGUGACGAGAGUAACUGGAUCAGGUCUUGUCACACCAGCUGGCUUGCCUGCUCUCACCGGGUCUGUUGUUGGCGCGAAGGGAGUCAAGACCGUUGUGGUCUGAAAAGCAAGUUAUUUCCCCUUCUUCAUCAGUAUGUUAUUGGAUAUUAGGGAUUAUGUGCUGGCGCGGCUGUAUUUCAUCCAGAUGUUGCUAGUAGCAAUAUGUAAACCAAGGCCAAUCCUUAAAAAAGCUUCGAAAUGGCUCUCUGAAAAACUGGCAUUACGUUUUUAUGGUUUAAUAUCGCAGUCAAUAUCAAAAACCUUAUUCAAAAUUGCGCCUUCUAAUCAAUUAUGUAUAUUUGCUCAAAAUUGUACUAUGAUCAGUUGCGUAAUAAGUUAGCCGUUUCUUAUUAAGGAAACUCUUGUCAUCGACUCUUAUUCCGGUAGAUUUUUACUUAUUGUUUCCACGUGCGCAUACGUUAAAAAUUCGAUUCUAAUUUUUAUCUUUUCUUACAGAUACGAACUCAAGAAAACCCACCAAUAAUAAUAAAAUAAGGCCUUCGAAAAUGAACGGACACCACAGAAACUGUAGCAAGGCAUCAUUCCGUACGAGCUUGCAAAAUAAACUGUUCCUGAUGC